UGUACGUCUCUCUGACCUGCGCCUUCCGGUACGGCCGGGAAGACAUCGAUGUGAUCGGCCUGAAGUUCCGCAGGGACCUGUACUUCUCCCAGGUCCAGCUGUUCCCUCCUGUGGGGGCCUUGGGAACCCUCACGAAGCUACAGGAGAGCCUGAUCAAGAAGCUAGGGGACCACACGUACCCCUUCCUGCUCACGUUUCCCGACUACUUACCCUGUUCGGUGAUGCUGCAGCCAGCUCCACAAGAUGUGGACAAGUGCUGUGGGGUCGACUUCGAGGUCAAAGCCUUUGCCACACCCAGCACAGAUACGGAAGAGGACAAAAUUCCCAAGAAGAGCUCCGUGCGUUUGCUGAUCCGGAAGGUACAGCAUGCGCCGCAGGAGAUGGGUCCCCAGCCCCAAGCGGAGGCCUCCUGGCAGUUCUUCAUGUCCGAGAAGCCCCUGCACCUCGCCGUCUCCCUCAGCAAAGAGAUCUAUUACCACGGGGAACCCAUUCCUGUGACCGUGACCGUUACCAAUAAUACAGAGAAGAUGGUGAAGAAGAUUAAAGCGCUAGUGGAACAAGUGGCCAACGUGGUUCUCUACUCGAGUGAUUAUUACACCAAGCCGGUGGCCGUGGAGGAAACACAGGAGAAAGUGCCGCCACACAGCACCUUGACCACGACGCUGACCCUGGUGCCCUUGCUGGCUAACAACCGCGAGAGGAGGGGCAUCGCCCUGGACGGGAAAAUCAAGCACGAGGACACGAACCUUGCCUCUAGCACCAUCAUAAAGGAGGGCAUAGACAGAACCGUCAUGGGGAUCCUGGUGUCUUACCAGAUCAAGGUGAAGCUCACGGUGUCAGGCCUUCUGGGAGAGCUCACCUCCAGUGAAGUGGCCACUGAGGUGCCGUUCCGCCUCAUGCACCCCCAGCUUGAGGACCCAGAUAAGACCAAGAAAAGUUUUCGGGAGGAAAAUUUUGUUUUUGAGGAGUUUGCUCGCCAAAAUCUGAAAGAUGGAAGCGAAGUUAAGGAAGAGAAGACAGAGCAGGAGGUGGCUGUGGAUGCGUGAAGAGGCCGGCUCAGGA